AUGCGCCGGCUGCGCGGCUCAGGGCCCCGGGCCCGCGGCUCCAGAUGGGGCUCCAGCUCGGGGCCGGGCUCCCGGCGUGGCCGGGUCAGGGCGGGCGCGGGCUCCAGCGCGGCCGGGGUGGUGCCAGGUACACGCGAGAUGCAGUUCCGCAGCGCCGGAAGAGAGAGCGGGACGAGCCGGAGGAGAAGGCCCUGCCCCCUUGCCUGGACCGCCCUCUGCGGGCAUAGACCACGCCCCCUCCACCCAAUGCAGCGAUUUCACCCGCUGAGACUCUGCUCCCAGGCCCUGCAGCCCCGGCCACGCCCACAACCCCUUGAACUCCGCCCACCCACAAGCUGCGCCACUUGUCUGCGAGGCGCCAGGCGACUGCUGCAGCUCAGGCUCCGCCCAGCAAUGGCCCGGAAAGCCCUCUCCUGCGUGCGGCGCUGCAGGCCUAGCGGGGUUCAGGCUUGGAGCCCGCUGGUCCACAAGCAAACCGAGAUUCAGGGACGCCAGGAAUCUGGAAUUACAGAUGUUUGCCACUGCAUCCAGUCUUAUAUGAAUCCCAGGGAUCUGAACUCAGGACCUCACGCUUGUGCAGCAGGGUUUCACCCACUGAGCCAUCUCUCAAGCUCCAUUAGUUAG